AGCGCAUGGGCAAAGCUGACGUCCUUCCGCAUGUCGGGCUUUGCAGUGACACCCAGCAGCGCAAGAACGCACGCCACAACAUUUCUCUGACCUCCAAACACCCAAGGGAAAUGGAUCAAAGUUCUGCAAAUUGUUCUGACCCAUGCUGUAUGGUAUAAAACCUUAAAAACAUUCCGCAGAUCGUGGAAUUCGAGGUCGGCAUUAAAAAAUUUGUGUAAGUUGGAAGAAGAAUAUAUUAUUCGAUGAUUGGCUUUUGUCUGCGCAGGUGGGGCAUUAUUCUCGAUUGCCCCAAUUCGCAUGGCGUUUGAGAUAACAGAACUCUGAGGGCUUUUUGCAUUUAUCCCGACUACCUCUCAUGCGCAGUUGCCACUUUGUUGAUCCCAUAAAACAAAACUAGCCGAUUCUGAUCAUUGUCUCAUUCCUUUUUAAUUUAUAUAUAAAUUUUUGUACGUUUCUGAGAUCAGAGGCAAUAUAAAGACGCCUAUGUGCGGAUCUUUGCUGUACCAGAAAUCAUUGCUAUUCUGUGGUGCAGGCGUUCCGUCUUUAAUCAGCCUUUUCUGUGAUAAAAUCAAAUCCGUCACCACGGGGUUGCCUGUGUGGAUGCUUAAUUUUGCAAUGGAUGUUCUCCGAUUGCAGCAGCAACAUUCUCAACUCACUUAUUCCCUUUUCAACGAGGGCUUUCUGGAUGAGCAAUUUACACAGCUGCAGCAGCUCCAGGACGAGAGUAAUCCGGACUUUGUGAGCGAAGUGGUGGCUUUGUUCUUCGACGAUUCUGACAGGCUGCUUGAGAACCUAGGAAAAGCUCUCGAAAAGGAACCAAUCGAUUACAAGAAACUCGAUGCUCAUGUGCAUCAGUUCAAGGGAAGCAGCUCCAGCGUAGGCGCACACAGAGUGAAAAACGCAUGCAUAGCCUUUCGAGCAUAUUGUGAUGAGAAUGACCGCGCAGGGUGUAUACAAUGUCUGCAGCAUAUGAAGCAUGAGUACUACCUUGUGAAGAGCAAGCUACAGGAACUCUUUCAUCUGGAGGAAGAGAUUUUGUCUGCUGGUGGAACGCUCCCUCUCAUAGAGUAACCAGGAAGAUAGGAUUCUGCUCAAUGAGGAACUGCAUUUAUUGUAUUAUCUUAGAUUUGGGCAUUUAAUAUGAGGGGAUUUUGAUUCUGGAAGAAUGCUUCACUCUCCUGCCCCCUUUUAAAGGGAGAAGAUAGCUUCCCUGUAAAUGUUUUUACGGCUCGUUAUUUGCACUUCUCUUGAGUAAUGUAUUGCUCUCUUUAAAUUAAGCAAAUGUUUUUACGGCUUGAUAUUUUCACUCUUCUCGAGUGAUGUUUUGCACUCCUAGUAAAAAAUUACUCAUUUUGGCAAUUUGAAAUUGACAA